AUGAACCGGGAUCCUAUAUAUCGCAAGGACGGCCGCGCAUUAGGCGUCGUCUUCAAAAAUGUCACCGUUGUUGGUGUUGCCGCCGGAGUUGUUGGUGUCAUGACUCUUCCAGCCAUGAUCAACAAGAUAGUUCAAUGGCCCGUGACAGUCCUAACUCAAAUGACCGGGAAAAGAAAAACGCCGACUACCCAGAUCAUUCGCGAUGCUAACGGAGUGGUCUUCUCUGGCGAAUCGAUGCUAGUUCUGGGACGACCUGGCGCCGGCUGCACAACCCUGCUCAAGACCUUGGCCAACAGUCACGGGUCAUUUCUGGAAGUACAGGGUCAAUUGGCAUAUGCUGAGUUUGCCCUCCGGCUGCGGAAGCCCGCAAACGAAACGCGCUCGGACUCGGAGUUCGCCCGCGAAAUUGCUGAUGCCUCGCUAAGUACUGUUGGGCUAUCACACACCACCGACACGAUCGUAGGAAAUGCUUUUGUUCGAGGUGUUUCUGGAGGCGAGCGCAAACGUGUCACCUUGAUUGAGGCUUUGUCGGCAAACCCUGCGGUAGCGGCAUGGGACAAUCCUACCCGUGGUUUAGACGGUUCAUCGGCUACGGAGUUUGUGCAAUUUGUCACAUCAACUGCUCGUGAUACCGGAAUGAGCAACAUCGUGACCAUGUACCAAGUGUCAGAGACCAUCUACGAUUGCUUUGACUGGGUUACUGUGCUUUACGAUGGGCGGACCAUCUUCUGCGGCAAGACGGACCGAGCCAAGGAAUACUUCAUUCGACUAGGCUUUGAAUGCCGUGAUCGCCAGACGACCCCAAAUUUCCUGACUUCCGUCACCUCGCCUGCUGAUCGCCUUAUUCGAAAGGAUGCUGCAGGCAUCGUUCCGACCGAUCCUGAUCAACUGGCUGCCGCAUUCCGCGAGAGCCACGAGUAUCUGAAGCUUCAGAAGGAGAUAGAAGCGUAUCAUAUCCAGGUUGGUAAGAACAGCCGGUUAAUACAGGAAUUCCGGGAUAAUGUACAGCAGAUUCGCUCCCGCUGGGCACCCAAGCUCGCGAUUGCACCUAAUCCACUCCCGAAGCAGAUCUGGAUCACGAUUUUCCGGUACUACCAGUUGUUAUGGGGCGACAAGCGGACCUUUUUGACCAUACUGGCCUUUGUCGUCUUGAAUGCUGUGAUAAAUGGGCCGGCGUACUAUAUGGCUCCGAAGGACGAGACAGGGUCUUAUGAGAAGAGCAGUGCCUUGUUCUUUGCUCUUAUAUAUUUCUAUCUCAAUGCUCUGACCGAGGUUGUCUCGACUGUCAAAUCUCGGAGCAUUCUUCUGAAGCAAGCUCAGUACGGCUUCCUUCACCCUAGUGCAUUUGUGAUUGCGCAAGCAAUCGCAGACAUACCUAUUUCUUUCUUCCAGUGUCUCGUUUUCUCGUGCCUCUACUACUUCAGCAUUGACCUGCAACGCACGGCAUCCUCAUUCUGGAUAUUUGUCCUCAUUGUGUUCGCUCACUAUACUGCUGUACAAAGUUUGUUCCGCAUGUUGGGAGCUUGGGUUCCUAAUAUUUCGUUGGCCCUAAUGAUGGCAGGUAGUGCCAUCCCGGUUGGUCUGCUUUACUCGGGGUUCGGACCUACCCGGCCAACACAGCAUCGGUGGGGUUCGUGGCUACGUCGCGCAUCGCCAUCGCCCUAUGCUCUUGAGGCACUGAUAGGUAAUGAGUUUACUGGCAUCAAUUUGACGUGCUCAGAAAGCGAAAUGGUCCCGUACGGCUCUUCAUAUACCGAGCUCCAGUACCAGACUUGCAGUAUAACGGGCAGUCUGAAAGCCCACGAUUCCGUUGCCGGUUCGGUAUAUUUGGCAGAUCACUUUGGCUACACCCGCGACCAUCUAUGGCGCAAUUUCGGUAUCGUCGUCGUUCUCUGGUUCCUCUACACCGUAUUGGGUAGCAUUGGACUCACCGUCAUGACCCGCGAAUCUGGAGGAUCGCAGAGCCGUAUCUUCAAGUUGUCCAAGCAACGUGAUGAGGAGAGCUUGCCCAAGUCGGCUGCGAGCUCCUCGUCCGCUACGCAGACGGUCUGCGAAGAUUCCCAAACUGACGGUAUGAGAACCGAAGGUGCCUCGGACAGCACUUUUACCUUUACCGAUGUCAGCUACACAGUCGCACACGAUGGUGAAGACAAGCAGUUGCUGCACAAAGUGAGUGGGUAUGCCCGCCCCGGCAGCUGA